AUGCAAGGUCGAAGAAAUGCUUCAGGCUGGAUGAAAUGGAUCGAUCGAAUCGCUGAAGACGAUGCACUCAUGUUAAAAAUUCUCUAUGAAGUAGCAACUGUCUUCUACGUUCGUACCAGUCAGCCACAAACGCUGGUGCAUACCGAAUGUGACAGUGCUAUUUAUGGUACUCUGGUCAAUUCUUUUAAUCGAAAUUUAUCGUCUGAUGGAAGUUCCGAUGGAGAAGGGACACUACUUGAUCGAAAAGGUAGUGUAAUGGAAGUGGGAGCUGGUAUUGGUGAAAAACCGAUCGAUCAUCAGAAGGGCAGGAAUUUGGUUAGCGCAUUGUUUUAUUAUGAUAGAGCGGAAGAAGAGCGAAAUCUUUCGGCAGCUGGCGAUGAACUGAUUUCUGCAAGAGAAACAUAUCAUGCUCGUUAUGCACAAAUAUGCAAUCUUCUUGGCUAUCCGACAGCGAUAUUUCCUGUCAUUACAGUUGAUCUUGUGAAGGAUGAAGUAUAA